CAGAGAUCCUUAAAAUGAAGUUAACAGCCCAGUAUGUUAUCUGCUUGCAACACAUGUGUAACACCCUUGCAAGCCUUGGCAAGCUGAAGAAACCAUGCCCAAAGGUACAUGAGAGGGUUAUGGAGAAACGUCAGGCUCUUUAUUUUUUGCCAGUUUUGGCUGUGGCAAGUUUCCUCAUCAAGAUAACUUCCUUCAGUCACUACACACAGCUUAAGGGCACAGGUGGAUCAAGCUCUCUUCGCCCGGUGCUGACUGGUCCUGACCUGGCCUUCAGUGGCCCAAGGGUGGUUUUCCGUUGUGUUGCACCUAACGUCUCCCCACCAGUCAUCUAUGAGCUGAUAAAGGAUGGACGUGUGCGAAUUGGCCGCGAUAGAGAUUUUCAUGGUGGCCAAGUUGCAUUAUUCCCUAUCAAAGUAACUGCAGCGUCAGAAGGGUCAUACCACUGCAGGGCCACAGCUGGAGGAACCAGAGAAAUCAGCAACAGCAUUAAGCUGAGAGUAGUCACUCCACCAUCAUAUACCAGAGUGACCUCUGAACCCUUCCCCCCAGUUGCAUAUGAGGGGUCACGCAUGGCCCUGAGCUGUGAUGUUGAAAUGGGGUCCCACCUUUCCUACAGCUGGUUUUUUAACAGGAAGGAAAUAACAUCUUCCACUUCUCUCCCCUUCCACUUUGUGGGAAACAAGCUGUUGGUUGAGAGGGUAACUCCUGAGUAUGCUGGAAAUUAUUCUUGUAGUGCUUGGACCAGCGUGAAUGAGAUCAAGAGGAUUUCCAGCAGCACAGAGGUCCAGGUGACAAUCAAAGUCUAUGUUUCAAAGCCAGAGAUCUCCUUCUCCGUUCAUAAAGAGGGAACCGGUUACCAUGGCAAUGUGACGUGCUGGUCAACAAGAGGGAGCCCUCCGGUGAACUUUUAUCUUUUACUAGAUGGUAAAGAAGUGGACUCUGCCACAGCAGCUCAGACCCUCGCUGCCUGGUUCCUUGUAGUCGUAGUACCCGAGCUGGACAUGGGAGAGGCACGAUGCCGGGUGAAAACCGAGAAUCAGGACCUCACGAGUGAGCCCGUGAACCUGGAAGUAGUCCCAGUUGGAGGAAAUGUGAAAGUGGAGGUGGAAUAUCUGUACACAGCUGAUUCCAAACUGACUACAGCAAGGCUGAGCUGUCACGUCAGCAGAGGAACUUUUCCUUACAUCUCGUGGCUCUUCAAUGACUCUGUCCUUCCCUCUGAGUCUCAUCCGGAUUCCCACAUUCAGCCCAUCCUGCCUCACAUUGCCUUCGCUGACCGAAGACGAUCCCUCGUCCUCACUAAGCUCAGCCCAGAGGAGUCUGGGUAUUACCGCUGCAGGGCCAGGGACAACUACGAUGACGCUGGGCCCUGGGUGGAGAGUGCAGCUGAGCUGGUCCAAGUCACAGUCAACUCCAUGUCUCAAGCAGAGUCCUCAACCGAAACGCCACCAAGUGAAAGUUUUUGCAUGAACAUCACAGAAGCUGUCACCAUCACAUUCUGCUGCUUCGUUCUCCUCAUUCUAGUAGUGGGUUCAGCCUGCGUGUACAAGAUGUUUGAAAACAAGCAAGCUCAUACCAACAGUGUUCCAGCAAACUCUGAUGCACUUCAGUCUGAACUGACACACCAGUCAGGGGGAAAUACGGCUGAUACUACCGCUACAGAUUGCGAUGUUCAAAAUCAGAUCACUGAGGUCACAGUAUGAUGCACAAGAGUCCUUCACCUCCUAAUACAAUAUUUAAUUUUAAAUGUUUAUAUUAUGUUAAUAUUUAAUAUUUAAUGUUCUUGGGUUACUGAACUGUCUACAUGGCACUGUUGGAACAUUCAGUUAUAGACAAGUGCGAAAUUGCAUUGCCUACCUACUGUAUACUGUUAUUUUGAUGCAAAUAAAUUUUUAAUUAUUAGAUUACA